GGAACGCCAGCGCGUGCAGCUCCAACGGAACAGACCGGGCUGUGUCGGCUCCUCACGGACGAACUUCAUCCAACUGUUUCUAAAAACGGACAUUUAGCUUGUUUUUAACCCCUAAAAACCGGAAUAUCUCGGUUUUACAUCGGUGACCGGAGGAGAAGGACAGCUCGCGCGUCGUUUUAAUUAUUUGACGACUGUCGGCCGAAAGAUACCGAAACUUGCCGAGGGUGGAUCUGAACUGGUCAAGAUGACGGAGGAACUUGAGCGGAUUCUUCAGCAUCUGACGGAGCCUGACAACGCUGUCAUUCAGCAGGCUACAGCCCGGCUGAAAGAGGCGUUCAAGGACCCAGCAAUCAUCCCAGGCCUGUGUGCGGUGAUGAGCGGAUCCAAGAACCCCCAGAUUCGUCAGUCGGCCACGGUGAUGCUGAGGCUGAGGGUUAAGAAACGCUGGAAGAAGAUUAGUCCAGCAGACAGAGAGAGCCUGAAGGCAGUCGUGCUGAUGGCCUUCAUGCAGGAAACAGAACACGCCGUGCAGCACUCACUUUCCCAGCUGUGCGCAAGUCUGGUCAAACACGAGACACCGGACCACUGGCCCGCCCUGCUGCAGCUCCUGAACCAGUCCACCAGCAGCGCCAACCCUCGUGACCGACAGAUUGGUCUCCUGCUGCUCAAUAAGGUGCUGGAGUCCAACCCAGAACCCUUCAAGCCUCACUACUGCCAGCUGCUGCAGCUGUUGGGUGCCGCUCUGCAGGACUACGACAACCCAACGGGCCUUUACUACUGCAUCCUCAGCCUUACAGCUAUAACAGCUUAUAUUGGCACCGAGGAGAUGAAGCUGAUGCGAAACAUCGUCCCAAACCUGAUCCUCGCUCUUAAACGCCUCAUCAGUGCUGAUCAGGACCAGGCCUCUGAAGCCAUGGAGGUUUUUAUAGAGCUCAUGGAGAUCGAAGUGUCCAUCAUCACCCCUCACGUCGCCGACAUCGUCCACUUCUGUCUGGAGGUGAGCAGCAACACGUCUCUGAGCGACUCCCUGAGAGUCAAAGGCCUCUCCUGCAUCACCUUCCUCAUCCGGCUGAAGAGUAAGACCGUGCUGAAGCUGAAGCUGCUGAACCCCAUCCUGCACGGCAUCUUCCCCAUCCUGACCGCAGCCCCCCCACCCGGCGAGCAGGACCCCGAGGACGAGGAGGACAGAGGAGACGGCACAGACGACGACAGCCCUAAGCACUGCGCCGCUCAGAUGAUCGACACGAUGGCGCUCCACCUGCCUCCAGAGAAGCUCUUUCAUCACCUGACCCCCCUGACGCAGGCCUGCCUGGCCAGUCAGGACCCGUAUCAGAAGAAGGGCGGACUCAUGUGCCUGGCGGUUCUGGCUGAAGGAUGUGCAGACCACAUCCGCACAAACAUGCUGUCGUCGGUGCUGCAGACGGUUUGUCAGAGUCUGUCCGACAGCGACCAGGUGGUCCGCAGCGCCGCCCUGUUCGCCCUUGGACAGUUCACCGAACACCUGCAGCCUGAAGUAAAUAAAUACUGUGGGGAGCUGAUGCCUCUGCUGCUGGGAUACCUUUCAUCCCUGAACGAGGCCAAAGUCGGACAUAUCACUAAAGCCUUUUAUGCUUUGGAGAACUUCUUGGAGAACUUGGGAGCUGAAAUCGAGCCUUACCUCCCCACCCUGAUGGAGAUCAUGCUGUCUGCACUCAACAACGCAGAAAACCUGAAAAUCAAAGAACUAGCCGUGUCUGCCAUCGGCGCCAUAGCCAACGCUGCCAAGGAGCUGCUGGUUCCUUACUUCCCUCCGGUCAUCGAAAGCCUGAAAGGUUUCCUGACGACCACCACGGAGCAGAUGAGGUCUCUGCAGACCCAGUCCCUCGACACUCUGUCCGUUCUGGCUCGUAACGUUGGGAAGGACGUCUUCAGUCCUCUCGCUGCAGAGUGCAUCCGUCUGGGCCUGAACCUGACCGAUACCAUCGACGACCCGGACCUGAGGCGCUGCACGUACAGUCUGUAUUCAGCCGUGUCCACAGUCGUCCCCGAGUGUCUCACCCCCCACCUUCCUGCCGUCACAACCGUCAUGCUGCUCGCCCUCAAGUCCAACGAAGGCGUCACGGCUCACCUGGAAGAGGAUGCUUCAUUCUUUGUCCUCGACGAAGACGAGGACGAAGAAGACGAAGGAAAAGCUGACGAGCACUUCUUGGAAGACGAGCCGGAGGAAGAUGUGCAGGAUUUUGCGGGGUUCAGUGUGGAGAACGCCUACAUGGACGAGAAGGAGGACGCCUGCGACGCUCUGGGAGAGAUCGCCUUCAGCACCGGCUCUGCCUUCCUGCCCUUCAUGGAGUCCAGCUUCCAGCAGGUUUACGACAUGAGAGACUUUCCUCAUGAGGACGUCCGCAGGGCGGCGCUGGGAGCUCUGGGACAGUUUUGUCGAUCUCAGCACAAAGUUUGGACCGAGAAUCCAUCUGAGGCCAACCACCAGGCCCUGCAGAAGCUUCUGGACCUGAUUCUUCCAUGUUUCUUGGAAAAGGUGAGGACGGACCGCGAGCGGCAGGUCGUGAUGAGCGUCCUGGAAACCAUGAACAACGUGAUCAAGUCCUGCAAGGAGGAGGUCUGCAGGAACCCGGCACACCUCAAGGAGAUCUGUCAUGUGAUCCGAGACGUCCUCAAGAAGAAGACGGCCUGUCAGGACAGUGGUGACGAUGAUGAAGACCAGCAGGCGGAGUACGACGCCAUGCUGCAGGAGUUCGCAGGAGAGGGGAUCCCCCUGCUGGUGUCCUGCGUUCCUGCAGACAAGUUCGCUCCGUUCCUCAACGACCUGCUGCCGUUCAUCAUAAACAAAACGAAAUCGUCCUGCACGGUGGCAGACCGCUCCUUCUCUGUCGGGACGAUCGCAGAAAUCCUCCAGGCUCUUGUGAGCGCGCCCGGCGGCCGAGGGCUGGCGGGCCGCCUCUCCAACCGGCUGCUUCCUGUCCUGGUGGCCGGAGUGAAGGACGGAAACGCCGAGGUCCGGAACAACAGCGUGUUCGGUCUGGGCUGCCUGGCUGAGGCCGCGGGACCCAUCAUCGUCUCAGAUUUUCCCAUGAUGCUCUCUGUGUUUUCCAACCUUCUGACCAAAGAGUCGGACCCGAAGGUGAUCGACAACCUGUGCGCCGCCCUCUGCAGGAUGAUCUGUAGCAACGUGGACGCCGUCCCUCUGGACCUGGUUUUUCCUGCUCUGAUGGCGAAUCUUCCUCUGAAGGAGGAUCAGGAGGAGAACAAGACGGUGUUCACCUGCCUGGACGUGGUCUACAAGCACAGCCCUGCUCUGGUCGUGAAGUUCAUGAAGCCCAUAGUUUCUGCUUCCUGUCAUGUCGUCGGCCUCAAGGAAGUUGACGAAGAGACCCGGAGGGUUCUGGUGGUUCUGCUGAAGGCGUUUGUCCAGAAGAACGGAGCAGAUUUCCAGGCAGCUGUGAGCUCCCUUCCUGCAGAGCAACAGACCAAACUCCAGACGGUGAUCAGCGCCUCAUAGCACCCCCCCACCCCCGGUUCAGAACCUUUUUAUCCUGCAGACAAGAAACGGGCCGUUUGUUCCAUUUGCCCAGA